AUGUUCGAUUUGAAAAAGCGGUCAUUUCUUGAAAACGAGUUAAGAGAUCUGAAACGGAUUAUAAGAAACAAUCCGGAUAUAAUUCAGCAUGCAUUUGCUUAUUUUUUAACUCAUUUUCGGAGCAAAGAUUGUGAAUGUCGUUUAGCUAUAUUGCUGUUGUGCAAUGAAUUUUUUCAACGAUCUCAUCUUUUUCGUGUUCAACUGAUUAAUAACUUUCAGCAAGUUCUGUUGCACAUGGCUGAAAUCGAUCCAAUUCAUUAUUCUCUGCCUCCUCCAAAAGAAAUUGCCAAAAUUCUUAAAUUGGAAACAUUGAAACUUUUAAAAAUGUGGCAUGAAAAAUAUAGGGAGGCAUAUCCAAGAUUAGAUUUCGCCAUCGAUUUUUUGCGUUCGUCAAAAUCUUUGGAUUUGGAAAACGUUAGUGCUGAACUUCAGGUUGAAAGACAGCGUGCUUCAGAAGAGGAACGGAGGAAAGAAGAGAAAAGUAAACAGGUGAUGGAAAAAAUCGAAAAAGAUUUCCGAGAACGUCAAAAUGAUAUCAUACAGUGUAUAAAUGAAACGCGACAAUCAAUUGAGCUUUUGGUACCACGAUUUGAUGUUGGAAAUAGAACAGAUACUGACAGUUCAUUACUUUCUCGGAACAAGGUGCAUGCAUAUAAUGCUCAUGAAUCAGUUACUGUAACUCUUACGCUGAAUGCACCAGUUGUAAAUGUCAGUGUUGAGAAUGAAGCAGUUAUAAACUCUUUGUUGGACUGCAUGAAAAUGUUACAGUUUUACCACAGAAAUAUUCACUACUGGCUUUGUAAAUUAACCAAAUACUGUGGCAAUAAUGCACAGAAUCUGUGCUGCGAAAUUGUUGAUUUGAAAAGUAGAAUUGCUUUUGAAUUAAAGAGAUGUGAAGAACUGAAAUUGUCUGGUAAAAAAAAGCAUGUUAAUAACGAUUCAGACAGCGAUGAUUUUGAAGAUGUGCCAGAAAAAGAAGGUUUAGAGCUAAAUUUCAAACCACCAGAAGACGUACCAGAUUAUAUACUGCGAAAAACUAUGGACAAAACGAAAGAUGAUGGUAGCAGUUCUAGCGGAAUAGUUAAGAUCAAAAAUCAGAUUUCUGAACAGGAGUUUUUAGCACCUAAAGAAGCUGGAAACAAUACAAGAGACAUACCAAUCUUAUCAUAUGGGCUUGAUCUUAAAUAUUGGGGGGAAGAUGAUGUUCAGCCUGCAGAAAUACCACGAAAUAAUUCUGACUGCCAUCGAUUUUGGCGUCCUUCGGAUGAAAGCUGUGUAACGAAUUGUGAUAGUAUAGAAGCAUAUCAUGCGCGAGUUAUAACUUUUGCUGGUCACCACCAGAAAAAUAGCCGGCAAUGUCGUGCACCACUCCGUGAUGGAACCCUUUGUCCACGAAUGGAUUCCAAACGUUGUCCACUACAUGGGAAAAUUAUUGAUCGUGAUGAAAUGGGUUAUCCUGUGGACCAAAUUUUAGAAAAACCUGAUGUUUCUUUGCAAAAUUUGAAAGAUGAAAAGGAAUAUAUUGAAGAUGUUGAGGCUGGAACAGGAGCUAAUUUGAGUGGAAAGGUAAGACAUGGGAAAAAAAGGAAGCGAAAAGAAGGCGAAUCAAGUGAAUCUGCUUCUGUGAGAGAAAGAUUGAGUGCAAAGUUAUUCAACAAAAAUACAAUGAAACGUGUGUAUGAAACGUUGGAAUCUGUUCGAAAAGCUCGAGCAGCUAGGAACUUCGAGCAUCAGUUUAAUUAUGCCCUAAAGAAGAAUUAA